AUGCUUCUCUCAAAAAACACUUUUCCCCUAUACACAAGGGAAUCACCAACUAAAUUAUUUUCUAAAAAUAAUUUUUCUUCUAGUUUUGAUAAAUAUAAAAUUGUUCCAUCCUUUAAAUAUGAAAAAAGAAGUAUGAAAAAUAUAACAUUUUUUUCUUCUCCAAAUAAUCAACAUUUUUCACUUAAAGUAGUUACUAAUGCUCCAUCAAUAAUCAUGGAUGAUGAAAAAGAAAUUAUAUCUCAAAAUGCCAAUGAUGGUAUAGGUAUUGUUGAGUUUUUUGAAGGGAAAAAUAUUCUUGUCACUGGUGGUACAGGAUUUCUUGCAAAAGCACUUAUUGAAAAGAUGUUGAGAACAACACCAAAAAUAAACAAGAUCUACAUCCUCAUCAGAGCAAAGGAUAAAGAAGCUGCAUUUAACAGAUUAAAAAGUGAAAUUAUUGAGUCAAAAUUAUUCAAAUGUCUAGAAGAAAUACAUGGUGAAUAUUACAAGCCAUUCAUAUUGAAUAAAUUAAUUCCAAUAGUUGGAAAUAUAUAUGAGCCAAAUCUUGGUAUGGAUAUUAUUACUUCUCAACAAAUUGCUCAACAAAUUGAUUUGAUCAUUGACUCAGCAGCAAACACCACAUUUGAUGAGAGGUAUGAUAUAGCUCUUGAUGCUAAUGUGAAUGGUCCAUAUCAACUCAUGAUGUUUGCCAAGAAAUGCAAGAAUCUUAAACUUCUUAUGCAUUAUUCCACAGCAUAUGCUAAUGGAGAAAGAGAAGGAUUAAUAUUGGAGAAGCCAUUUAGUAUGGGAGAAAGCAUAACAAAGGAAAAAAUCAAUUCAAUUUCUCCAUAUACUAAUUUUCCAUCAUUGCAUGUUGACAAUGAAAUUGACUUGAUUUCAAAAUUGAAGAACAAUAUUACAAAUAAUAUUGGCUUGGAGCAAAUAAUGAAGAAUUUAGGAGUUGAGAGGGCAAAGUUAUAUGGAUGGCAAGAUACAUAUACAUUUACAAAGGCAAUUGGUGAAAUGAUAAUAAAUAAUAUGAGAGAUGAAAUUCCAAUACUUAUUCUUCGACCCUCAGUAAUUACAAGUAGCUAUAAAGAGCCUUUUCCAGGAUGGAUACAAGGAUACAGGGUAAUUGACCCUUCAAUUUUUCUAUAUGGAAAAGGGGAACUUCCUGCAUUCUAUUGUGAUCAAGAUACUGAUGUUGAUUUGAUUCCAGUUGAUGUGGUUGUAAAUGCAACAAUGGCUGCUAUUGCAAAGCAUGGAUAUAUGCAAAGUCCACAAUUAAAUGUGUAUCACUUAGCAACAACAUUAGUGAAUCCUAUUGCAAUACAUCAACUAUUUGACUAUUGCUAUGAAUAUUUCACUUUAUUUCCUUUUGUUAACUCAAAAGGGGAUAAAAUUGAAGUUAAGGAAAUGAAAUAUUUUGAUAAAAUAUCAGAUUUUUCAAAUUAUAUUUGGGAGGUACUAUCCAAGAAGCAUAAGGUACAAGAUUUAAGUGAAAAAGAGUUAUUGAAAAUUCACAUGAGAUUUAAAAGAAAAGUGGAAUUCCUCAACAACUUUAGCAAGCUCUAUGAACCAUAUGGUUUCUAUAGAGGAAGGUUUCACACUGGCAAUAUGAGGAUUUUAAUGGAAGAAAUGUCUGAAGAAGAGAGAAAAAACUUUGAGAUUGAUGCAUCAAACAUAAAUUGGAAAGAUUAUUUAACAAGAAUUCACAUUUCUGGUGUGAAAAAACACGUAUUUGAAGGCAAAAAACUCCCUAUGUAGGGGGGGGGGGAAUUAAUUAACAUUAAUUAUGUUGUCUUUUUAGACAAAAAUUUGUUUUUCCUUUUAUUAUAUAAAGGGAAAUAAAUGGAAUUAUGUGAAAUGAAAUUUUAUUCUAUAGGUAUAAAAUGAUAUCAAUUAUGUCA